AUGGCUCCCAAGAUCUUCCUCACCGGCGCCACAGGCUACAUCGGCGGCUCCGUCCUGCACGCCCUCGUGACCGCCCACCCCGAGUACGACAUCACCGUGAUGCUGCGCAAAACACCCGAAGCUUUCACCUCUACCUACCCCAACGUCAAUAUUGUCCAAGGCGACUAUGACAGCGCGGAAAUAUUGGCGGAGCAAGCUCGGAGGGCGGAUGUUGUUACAACGGCGACUCAGACCACGCCCCCUCCUCACCGCCCUCCUCACCGGCCUCACCUCAACCUCCUCCCCAACCCCACCCACCUCCUGCACCUCUCCGGCACAGGCAUCCUCUCAGACUGGUCCUCCCCCUCCCGCCUCGGCGUGCUAAACCCCAAAAUCUACUCCGACCUCACCGACCUCCAAACAAUGGCUUCCCUCCCGGACGACGCCCUCCACCGCAACACAGAGAAGAUCCUCUUCCACGCAGCCGCAGAGCACGGCGAGAAGGUAAAGAUCGCAAUAAUGUGUCCGCCGGAUAUAUACGGGCGGGGACUAGGAUUGGGAAAUACGCAGAGUGUUUUUGUGAGGCUGUACAUCGACGAUGUGCAGAAGGCGGGAAAUCGUCCGUUUUACUAUAAUGAAGGGACGAACACGCGCUCGUGGGUGCAUAUUGAGGACCUCGCGAGGCUGUACGUUAGGGUCGUGGAGGCUGCUGUGGGGAAGGACAAGGGGUUCGCGGGCCCGGGGGAAUACCCGGGGUACUACUUUGCGGCUACGCAGGAGCACAACCACAUCGAUGUGUCCCGUGCCAUUGGUAACAUCCUGAAGAAAGAGGGCGUGAUUGAGGAUCCUGAGCCUGUAAGGGUAGGGCUGGAGGUGAUUGAUCAGAUGGCGAAGCAUCCGCUGUUCCCGAUGCUGGCGCGGUACUUGUAUGCUUCGAAUUCGCGGUCAAGGGCGGAAAGGGCGGAGAAGAUGUUUGGAUAUAAGGCAGCUGCACCAGGACUGCUGGAGGGUUUGGAGACGGAUGUUUUGGCUGCGUUGGGUAGGUGA